UAUAAGUAGACUUAGGGCCCGUGAUUUUAAUUUGCUUUAACUAUUUAAAAUGCUUAUCAAUAUUGUAAAGCGUUUGGGCACUGGUGUCCACCUGCUUAAAACGCAAUCAAUUGCAGCUGCUGUAAAUUGCAGUAUUUUAAGUACGAAUCAGCAUCGCGGAGCUGCAAAAUGGUAUCCUGAUCCAGAGUUUAUGAAACAAUUCAGUGGUCCGGUUAUGUAUCCCGAUGAAGUCACCUCAUUGUGGAAAGUGCCACCAUGGAACAACAAAAUGGUACCAGUGGAAAAAUCUGUACGCAACUUGACUUUAAAUUUUGGACCACAGCAUCCAGCUGCACAUGGUGUACUCAGACUUGUAUUGGAGCUCGAUGGUGAGACUGUAAUUCGUGCGGAUCCACACAUCGGGCUACUGCAUCGCGGUACCGAGAAGCUAAUCGAAUAUAAAACAUACACUCAGGCUCUGCCAUACUUUGAUCGCUUGGACUAUGUGUCAAUGAUGUGCAAUGAACAGUGCUACUCGUUAGCCGUCGAGAAGUUACUGAAUAUCGAUGUGCCUCUGCGAGCAAAAUAUAUUCGAACAUUGUUUGCUGAAAUAACUCGCAUUCUAAAUCACAUUAUGGCUGUUGGCACUCAUGCGUUGGAUGUUGGUGCAUUAACUCCCUUCUUCUGGCUUUUUGAGGAGCGUGAGAAAAUGAUGGAAUUUUAUGAACGCGUCUCUGGAGCACGCAUGCACGCAGCAUAUAUUAGACCUGGCGGUGUGUCUUUGGAUAUGCCGCUGGGAUUAAUGGAUGACAUAUAUGAAUUUGCAUCGAAAUUCUCCGAAAGACUGGACGAGGUUGAAGAUGUUCUAAGUACAAAUCGCAUUUGGGUGCAGCGUACUGAGAAUAUUGGUAUUGUAUCUGCUGAAGAAGCUCUGAACUAUGGCUUCAGCGGAGUCAUGUUGCGAGGAUCUGGGAUUAGGUGGGAUUUGCGAAAACAGCAGCCAUAUGAUGCCUACCAUUUGGUCGAUUUUGAUGUGCCCAUUGGCACUAAAGGAGAUUGUUAUGAUCGCUAUCUCUGUCGUAUUGAGGAGAUGCGACAGUCGCUACGGAUAAUUGAUCAGUGUCUAAACAAAAUGCCUGCUGGGGAAAUAAAAACGGACGAUGCAAAAGUUACGCCUCCGUCUCGUUCUGAAAUGAAAACUUCGAUGGAAGCUCUUAUACAUCAUUUCAAGCUUUUUACCCAAGGCUAUCAAGUUCCACCAGGGGCAACAUAUACAGCGAUUGAAGCGCCAAAGGGAGAGUUUGGAGUAUAUUUAGUUGCUGAUGGGUCCAGUCGUCCUUAUAGAUGCAAGAUAAAAGCACCUGGAUUUGCACAUUUGGCUGCGCUUGAAAAAAUUGGAAAGCAACACAUGUUGGCAGAUGUUGUUGCUAUUAUUGGCACACUAGAUGUCGUUUUUGGAGAAAUCGAUCGAUAAGAAUAUUGGUUAAUAUAAAUACCUACAUAUAAAUUUGUAAUAUGUAUUGUGCAUAUUUGCUAACGGAAAAUAUAUAUAAACCGAUUGAAUUCGAGAUAAAAAA